CUGAAAAUAGCGAAGCAAGAAUUCGAGGCAAUGAUAAAGAGUGGAAUAGCACGUCCAUCUGAGAGCCCGUGGUCUUCUCCGCUCCAUCUUGUACCAAAGAAAGAUAACGGAUGGCGGCCAUGUGGCGAUUACAGAAUGUUAAACGCACAGACAAUUCCAGAUAAAUAUCCCAUCAGGUACUUACAAGACUUCACCCAUUACAUAUCGGGUUGUACAAUUUUUUCUACGCUAGACUUGGUGAAAGCGUACAACCAGAUACCAGUUAACCCAGAUGAUAUUCCGAAGACAGCCAUCACCACACCAUUUGGUAUGUUUGAAUUUCCAUACAUGAGUUAUGGUUUAAAAAAUGCGAGCCAAACCUUUCAAAGGUUUGUAGACGAGAUAACACGAGGACUUGAUUUUUGCUUCGUGUACCUGGAUGAUUUUCUAAUAUUUUCCCAGGACGAAGACAGCCAUCUUGAUCAUCUUCGCCAAAUCUUUGAAAAACUUAAGGAAUUUGGUAUGGUCAUCAACACGAGCAAAUGUGAAUUUGGUAAGAAAGAAAUCACCUUUCUAGGGUAUCACGUCUCAGCCAACGGUGUUAAGCCUUUAGACAGUAAGGUUCAAGCCAUCAAAGACUUCCCCACUCCGAAAACCGUACGAGAACUUCGGCGUUUUCUAGGGAUGCUAAACUUUUAUCGCCGAUUUAUCAAAGGAGCUGCUGAAAUUCAGGCACCAUUAAACUCUUUGCUGACGGGGUCCGUAAAAGGAUCACGUUCCGUGGAUAUAUCGGGAGAAGCCCUACAUGCUUUUGAGCAGUGCAAAACUAGCCUCUGUCAAGCAGCAUUCUUGGCACAUCCAGAUCUAAACGCAAGAUUAGGUUUGGUAACCGACGCCUCAGAUAAGGCAAUCGGUGCCGCCUUGCAGCAAGUAAAGAAUGGAUCAUGGCAGCCACUUGCAUUCUUCUCUAAGAAACUGAAACCAGCCCAACAGAAAUACUCGCCAUACGACAGGGAACUUCUUGCUAUAUACGAGUCAGUGAAAUACUUUAGACACAUGCUUGAAGCAAGACAUUUUACUGUUUUUACUGAUCACAAACCAAUCUGUUAUGCAUUUCACAUCAGAAAAGAUAAGUGCUCACCCCGCCAGUAUCGUCAUCUCGAUUUUAUAUCACAGUUCACCACCGACAUCCAACACAUCUCUGGAAAAGAUAACAUAGUGGCUGAUACGCUUUCAAGAGUGGAAGAAUUAGCUCAGCCUAUUAAUCUAGUUACCUUAGCCAAAAUGCAGGACGUGGAUACGGAACUGAAAGAAAUUCUGAAAGGUGGGACAUCACUUCGAUUAGUUAAGGUACCAAUACCUGGCACGAAGACAGACCUAUAUUGUGAUGAUGGAACUGGAAAUCAAAGGCCUUACGUACCUCAAAACUUAAGGAAGCAAGUCUUUGACAGUUUACAUUCGCUGAGCCAUCCUGGGGUCAAAGCUACAACAAAGAUGAUAACAGAACGCUACGUUUGGCCAGGAGUAAAGAGAGACUGUCGUGAAUGGUCGAAAACGUGUCACCCCUGCCAGCGUGCAAAAAUAACACGUCAUGUCUCCGCACCUUUAGGCACAUACAAAUUACCACCUGCCAGAUUCCAAUACGUCCAUAUAGACAUCAUUGGACCUUUACCUGUAUCAGAUGGAUAUCGCUAUUGUCUUACAGCAGUUGAUAGAUUUACCAGAUGGCCUGAGGCAAUACCCUUAUCAGAUAUCACUGCUGAAACUGUUGCAAAAGCAGUUCUUAAUGGCUGGAUCUCGCGUUUUGGGUGCCCUGCUGAAAUCAUCACAGAUCGAGGAAGACAAUUCGAAUGUUCCUUAUUUAAACAUCUAUCCAAUCUAAUCGGAUUUCAGCAUAAGCGAACUACAUCUUACCACCCAGCGUGCAACGGUAUGGUAGAAAGGAUGCACAGACAUCUGAAAGCCGCUAUUAUAUGUCACAAUAAUCAACGAUGGACAGAAUCAUUGCCAUUAGUAUUACUGGGUAUGAGAAAUGCAUUGAAACAAGACCUUCAAGCAUCACCCGCUGAGUUACUUUAUGGUGAAUCACUUAGUUUUGAAGCCGUGACGAAUGAUUUAAAGGAGAGUCAAGCGCAGAUGGUGAUCGCCCAACUUGAGAAACAAGACAUCGAACAAAUUUCGGACCUGUUGUACAACCCACCGGCAAGCGACCAGUAUAAUUCGCUGAAGGAUCGUCUGAUCUCUGCAUAUGAAGAAUCCGACAGUCGCCAGCUACAGAAACUUCUAUCAGAAAUAGAACUUGGAGACCAGAAGCCCACACAACUCCUAAUGCGUACUUCGGCACGAGAUAAAGUCCCAGAUUCGACGCUACGGCUAAUGUGGAUAAACCACCUACCCCCACAUGUUCGAUCUGUACUAGCAGCAAGAAAAUGCACAACACCGUGUACAUUCAAAAAUGAUAAUAUGAAGUCGGAAAACUAA